AUGGUUUGGAUGCACACCAGUGAUUUGGCCAGUGCCAUAAAGCCUCCAAUAAAAAUAGAAAAAAAGCAUGCGCCAACCAGUGAUUUGGCCAGUGCCAUAAAGCCUCCAAUAAAAGUAGAAAAUAUAGACAAAAUAGAAAAAGUAGGAAAAAUAGAUCAAAAUUUCUCUUUUUCGCAACAUGCAAAGGAUGAAAAGCUAUUUGUCUUCAAAUCAGGUGUACCUAAUGUACCUAAUGUUAGAGCUAGACAUGUAGAAUCAAAGCCCAUUGCAACUAAAUCAUAUCAAAUACAUGAUGUUGAAGUUGAUAAGAAACGCGCAAAGAAACCUAGGACCCAAGACUGGCAAGAUUUGGACGCCGAUGAUGCUCAUGAUCCUUUGAUGGUGUCAGAAUACGCUGUAGACAUUUUCCAAUAUUUAAAAGAAUUGGAGUCCGAAACAGCGCCUAGACCUGACUACAUGGAUCAGCAAAGCGAGCUAAGCUGGAAAAUGCGAGAAAUCCUCGUCGAUUGGCUGAUCGAAGUACACAACAAAUUUCGCUUACUUCCUGAAACCUUAUUCUUGGCCAUAAACAUAAUCGAUCGAUUUCUUUCUGUUCGGGUUGUUUCCCUGGUUAAACUCCAACUAGUUGGAAUCACUGGACUGUUCGUUGCGGCAAAAUACGAAGAAGUUAUAGCACCGUCAAUUAAGAAUUUCAUUUACAUGGUUGAUAACGGGUAUACAGACGACGAAAUUCUUAAAGCAGAACGUUAUAUUCUUCAAACCAUUGACUUCAAGAUGAACUAUCCAAAUCCCAUGAACUUUCUUCGACGAGCUUCCAAAGCUGACAACUUCGACGUUCAAUCCCGCACAGUUGCCAAAUAUCUUAUGGAAAUAUCUCUUGUCGAUCAUAAUUUUUUACCCUAUCCUCCCUCCAUGAUUUCUGCUGCUGCUUUAUGUCUUUCUCGGAAAAUGCUCCAUCGCUCUGAAUGG